CUCAUUAAGAGUACCUGAGCACUUCACUCUUGUAUUUAUGGGCUUUAGGUUUCGAAAAAGGGGAGAGUUUACGUUGAAAUGACAACGGCUAAAAGCUGGAAAAUUGGGAGGGAAAUCGGAGACGCCGUGGUCAAGGCGUCUAGUAACCCUAACCGGAGAUGGUACGGACCUCACAUGGCCGCAUCGGUUCGUGCAAUCUCUGAACGCAUACCGCUAGUUGAUUUCGUACUAGAGAUCAGAGACGCUCGUAUUCCCUUGUCUUCUGAGUAUGAGUUGUUGAGAAAGUUUUCACUUUUUCCGUCAAAACGGAUCGUUGUGCUGAACAAGAUGGAGCUUGCGGAUCCUUUGGAAUUGAAGAAGUGGAUGGCUUACUUUCAAGGGAGAAACUAUCUGUCCUAUGCAGUAAACUCACAUAACAAAGAGUGUGUCAAGAAUUUUCUCAACUUCUUGCAGAGUCAAGUUAGGGAAUUGCACAAGUCUGGCCAUUCUGGUCAUACCACAACUAUGAUGCUUCUUGGGAUUCCUAACGUUGGAAAAUCCGCUCUCGCCAAUUCUCUUCAUCAAAUCGGGAGGAUUAGUGCUGCAGAGAAAGGGAAGCUAAAGCAUACAACAGUUAGUUCACAGCCUGGAGAUACUAAAGACAUUAUGAGCUUGAAGAUCGGUAGCCAUCCUAACGUCUAUGUUCUAGACACGCCUGGAGUUCUUCCUCCUAAGCUGCUUGAUGCUGAGAUCUGCUCGAAGUUGGCAUUAACAGGAGCUAUUCCGGAUGAUAUAAUUGGGGAGAAAGAACUAGCACGGUUUUGUCUGACUCUACUAAACUCGAGCCAUGAAUACAAGAAAUGGGCAAAACUAUCCAAAUCUCAGGAUGUUACAGGAAGUUUAUCCAAUGAAAACUCCACGUCUAGUGCCCAACGAAAGAGGCAGUACCCAACUGAUCAUACACAGGAUUUUAUUGUUUACGAUGUACGGAGGGUUCUGUACGAGACAAUUUCAGCAUUUGACGGAAACUUAGAAGAUGAUAUCAGCAUGGGAGAACUUAUAGAGACGCAAUUUGCCGCGUUAAGAACGGUACUUAGGGUUACCGAAGAAGCAAGUGAGUUUGCUGAUCUCAGAGUUGCUUCUAAGAUAUUGAAUCUUUAUAGAACUGGUAGACUUGGGCAUUACACAUUGGAACAUGCUUCUUGUUGAGCAAGAUCUUAACACAAGCAUUUAUAAGAUUAUAUGUGAUUGUGAUGAUAUCUUCUUGUCAGUUAGUUUUUGUUAACGGCCAAAAGAUCGCUCUUGAUUGUGCUUCCAUUCCCGGAAGUUUACUUUUGUCGGUCCACGUCUGUUAUUUGUUUCGUACAGAGCUGGUUCUGGUCAUGUGUUUCAAAGUCUGGUGGACGAACAGAGAAUGGAAUCAAUUGAACAGAGUGGACAACAUGUUCAGUUUGUAUGGAGUCAUCAUUAAGAUGCCUUAAAUGUUUACAUAUGUUUCAUCAAGGUUGUAUCUUUAUCAUCUUUGUAUGUGUUCUUGUGCUUUAAAAUAUUGGUUUUCUUCUUCUA